CCUUGAUAUCUCACCUUACAGUUAAAAUUGCACUCCUCCUCAAGCACUAUAAUACCUUUACUCACACAUACACACCUCCAUCAUGGUGUCCAGAAAGUACAGGCUCCUAGGCAAUGUCUAUUUCCUGGGCGCAUUCGCCACCAUUGGCGGAAUGCUAUUCGGUUUCGAUAUCGCUUCAAUGUCAGGAGUUGUAGGCACUGAUCGCUACCAGGAAUAUUUCCACAAGCCCUCGUCCUCUCUGCAAGGCGGUAUCGUAGCCUCUAUGCCCGCAGGUUCGUUCUUCGGCGCACUCUUGGCCGGUCCACUUGGCGACCGGAUCUCCCGCAAACGCACCAUCAUGCUCGGCGCCAUGAUUUGGAUUGUCGGCUCCAUCAUCCAGUGCGCUUCUGUAGGCGUCGGCAUGCUCAUUGUCGGUCGUAUUAUCAACGGUAUCGCUGUCGGCCUCUGUUCCAUGAUUGUUCCCGUCUACCAGUCUGAAAUCGCUCCCAAGAACAUCCGUGGUCGAAUCGUCUCGCUCCAACAGUGGGCCAUCACUUGGGGUAUUCUUAUUCAAUACUUUAUUCAGUAUGGGUGCUCCUUCAUCAACUCCAACGCUGCCUUCCGCAUCCCCUGGGGGAUCCAGAUCAUUCCUGGAAUCAUCCUUCUUAUCGGAAUGUCCAUGUUCCCGUAUUCGCCCCGUUGGCUGGCAGACCAUGGCCGCUGGGAGGAGGCGCUUGAGGUUCUCAGUAACUUGCGUGCAGGAGGCAAUCAGAACGACCCCUUGGUCCAGGCUGAAUUCAAGGAGAUUGAGGAAGUCAUUAACUUUGACAAAACCCAGGCUGCUCGCUCUUAUCGCGAGCUCUUCCGUUCCCCGAAUGCCAGGCGUGUCUUUUUGGGUAUGACCCUUCAGUCCUGGUCCCAGCUGACGGGCAUGAAUGUCGCCAUGUACUAUAUCGUUUUCAUCUUCCAGGGUGCCGGCAUCACUGGCCAAAAUGCCAACCUGCAGGCAUCUUCGAUCCAGUAUGUCCUGAACGUUGUUAUGACGAUUCCUGCCAUCCUGUUCAUUGAUCGAUGGGGCCGUCGCCCUGUGCUACUUAUCGGAUCGACCUUCAUGGCCUUCUGGCUUUUCAUGAUCGGCGGAUUAAUGGGCAGAUUCGGUUCUGCCACGACCUUUGAGGCAAACUCCACCACAACUUGGGCCAUCCAAGACAAUGACGCCGCCUCGCGUGCAGUCAUUGCUUGCUCCUAUCUCUUUGUCUGCUCCUUCGCCAUCUCCUGGGGCCCUGUCUCCUGGACUUACCCUGCCGAGAUCUAUCCUCUUCGUAUCCGCUCCAAGGCUGUCUCCCUCUCGACUGCCUCCAAUUGGGCCUUUAACUUUAUCCUUGCCUACGCUGUUCCUCCAGCUCUGGAAAACAUCCAGUACCGCACCUACUUUAUCUUUGCAGCCUUCUGCGUGGCCAUGACCAUCCAUGUCUUCUUCAUGUUCCCCGAGACUAAGGGCCACACCCUCGAGGAGAUGGACGAAGUCUUCAACUCGGACGUCCCCGCAUGGAAGACGCGCGCGCAGCCAGUGUCGCACUUGGAGAAUGAUGCAGAACAACUCAAGCUAUCGCAGCACACAGGCGAGUCCCGUCUCUCAGACGGUGUUCAUGAUGGUCGCGAUGGUCUCCCUCAGCAAGGGUAUCCUCGCCAAACGGCCGAUAAGACUGAGUUGGACGAGAAUGUGCCUGUUGGUGCCGAUAGGUCAUCGCUUCGUCAUGAUCAGGACCUCCAGCCUCAACAGCACCAGCACACACAGCCGUACACUGGAGAGAAAACUGAGUUGUAAGGCAACAACACACCCGUCGAGUCAGCCCCCACCGAGUACUGAAGCCUCGAUUUGGAGAGGUAUAAUAUGGUGCGUGAGAGCUAAGGAUUUCUUCCAAAAACUAUCUACUGUG